UUGUAUGUUGCCACUCAUCUGUGUGGAGCUUUAGGCCGCUAAGUCCUUAGAGUUUUGGGCAUCCGGGAACAGUAGUAAUCAUAAAGUGUUAAUGUGAUGAUUUUGGCCAUAUUUCAGGCUAUCCUUUUAGUCUGCAGUCUGCGAGUGGUAUAGCUGUCAAAGGAAGCUAUACCAACAAAGGAAGAAAUAUAUAUUUUCCUAUAACGCAGGUGUGAGAAGAGAGAAUAAAUUUCAUAUAUAACAGUAGUUCUCAAAGUUUUUAGUCUCAGAACCUCUUUACACUCAGAAAUGACUGAGGAUCUAAUGAAUUAGAAAUGAAACCAGAGAGAUUUUUAAAAUAUUUAUUAGUUCAUUUUUAAAACAGUAAUAAAUUCAUUACAUGCAUAAAUAACAUUUUUAAUGAAAAAUAACUAUUUUCCAAAACAUCUCCAAAGAAACCAGUGAGAAGAGUGAUAUUGUGGAUUUUUUCCCUUUGUAUUCUUUUUAUUGUGGUAAAAUAUACAUAAAAUUUACCUUCUUAAUUAUUUUGAAGUGCACAAUUCAGUGGCAUUAAGUACAUUCACACUGUUAUGCAGUCAUUACCACUCUCCAUCUCCAAAACUUUUUCAUCAUCCCAAACUGAAACUGUACGGAUUAAGCAAUAACUCCAGUCCCUGGUAACCACUAUUCUUUAUCUCUUUGAAUUUGACUAUUUUAGGUACUUCAUGCUAGUGGAAGCUUACAAUGUAUUCUUCUGUGGCUGGCUUAUUUCACUUAGCGUAAUGCCUUUAAGCUUCAUCCAUGUUGUAGCAUGGGUCAGAAUUUCCUUCCUUUUUAAGGCUGAGUAGUAUUCUAUUGUAUGGAUACACCACAUUUUAUUUGUCCACUCAUUCAUCCAUGGACAUUGGGUGGUUUCCACCUUAUGGCUAUUUUGAAUAAUACUAUUUUGAUCAUUUGUGUGUGCAUAUCUGUUUAAGUCUCUGCUUUCAGUUCUCUGGGAGGUGUAUCUAGAAGGGGGAUCACUGGAUCCCAUGGUAAUUCUGUGUUUAAUUUUUGAAGAACCACCAUACUGUUUUCCACAGCAGCUGUACCAUUUUACACUCCAGUGGCAAAGCAUGAGUCCAAUUUUUCCACAUCUUCAUCAACACUUGUUUUAUUUAUUUAUUAUUUUUUAAAAAUAAGAACCAUCCUAGGAGUGGCAUUGUUUCGCAUUUUUGUGUGUGUUUGUUUGUUUGAUUUGGUUUGGCUGCAUGGGGUCUUCGUUGCUGCAUAACGGCUUUCUCUAGUUGUGGCAAGCUGGGGGCUACUCUUUGUUGUGGUGUGCAGGCUUCUUAUUGCAGUGGCUUCUCUUGUUGCAGAGCAUGGGCUCUAGGCACGUGGACUUCACUAGUUGCAGCACGCAGGCUCAGUAGUUGUGUCACAUGGCAUGUGGAUCUUCCCGGACCAGGGAUCGAACCUGUGUCCCCUGUAUUGGCAGGAGGAUUCUCAAUCAUUGUGUCACCAGGGAAGUCCCUUGUUCUGCGUUUUUGCAAAACAAAUGUGUGACAAUAGAAGAUAGCUGGAUUCUUACAUCUGCUUCCAUGUUUAUUCUGUUGCACUGGUCUGUUUUAGUUUAAGAUGAAAAUCCCACCUGUCAUAUGUAAUUGGAAAAAGAAAAGUAUUUUAAUAGGCUUUUUAAGAUAAUCAUGGUUAUUCUUUGAUAUCACAUCAAAGUUUGGCAAGUGGUAGUUUUUUAAAGGAUGGUUGCAAUGUGAAAUAUGAAACUAUCAACAUACUUUUCUUACUGUUACAUUAAAAUCCAUAGGUCUGUCUUACACUUUGAAUGAAUCUUUUACCCAUGCAUGAUUUUGUAAUAUCAAACACUAAUCAUUUGGAAAAUAGUGGCUUACUGUGUUAUAUCAAUACCUAGCUUCCUAAUGUUGACAUAUUGCAUUAUACAGUAUCAAAUAAUCGUAUUCCUUAAUAUCAGUAUCCCAUCAUAAAAGUCUUCAAAUAUUAGGAAGCUGGCAAGCUCAUGGUAGCAGAUACAGUUUUUCAAAAUUCUAAUUUUCAUUUGAAAACUGAAAUUUUGUCAUUGGUUACAAAUACUAUCACUUGUUAUCCUUGAAGUGGCAAGCUUACUUUGUUACAUUUUUGAGAGAAUUUCUGCCAGACAUUUAAGUCUGAGUAACUGUAGUUUGGCUGUCAGUCCUUUUUUCAAGUACAAAUGGUGUUCUGUGAAAACAGCAGCUAUUUCAGCUCACAAUUCAAUCAAUUGCACAAAUGCUUUUAAUUUGCACAACCAAAUCCUCAGGGCCACCAUUGUACUCAGGUAUGCAGCAGGCGCGGUUUAUGCCUAUUUUGCCACACACAUACUUAAUGGUUGAGAUUUAAUAAAGUUAAUAAUUUUCACUAUCUCAUCAAGGAUAUUCUAAAGCGAAACUGACACUUUUUAGUGUGACGCGGUAACAGUGAACAGUACAGUGACUACUAGGACAGUUUGGUGCCACUGCCAUGAUUUGUUCUAAGGUGCCAGCAAUUUUAUCUACCAUUGCUUUUCAGCGUCAGUGCAGACGUCAACCAAGUGACAAAGAGUUGGUGGUUCCAAGAUUUUAUUCAGAAUGACUUUAGGAAGAGAAGUGAUGUCUCCUCUUCAGGCAAUGUCUUCCUAUACUGCAGCUGGCAGAAAUGUUUUAAGAUGGGAUCUUUCACCAGAGCAAAUUAAAACAAGAACUGAGGAGCUCAUUGCACAGACCAAACAAGUGUACGAUGCUAUUGGAAUGCUUGACAUUGAGGAAGUAACUUACGAGAACUGUUUGCAGGCACUGGCAGAUGUAGAAGUGAAGUACAUAGUGGAACGAACCAUGCUAGACUUUCCCCAGCACGUCUCCUCGGACAAAGAAGUACGAGCAGCAAGUACAGAAGCAGACAAAAGACUUUCUCGUUUUGAUAUCGAGAUGAGCAUGAGAGAAGAUAUCUUUCUGAAAAUUGUUCAUUUAAAGGAAACCUGUGAUCUGGGAAAGAUAAAGCCUGAAGCCAGGCGAUAUUUGGAAAAAUCAGUUAAAAUGGGAAAAAGGAAUGGGCUCCAUCUUCCGGAACAAGUGCAAAAUGAAAUAAAAGCAAUGAAGAAAAGGAUGAGCGAGCUAUGUAUUGACUUUAACAAAAACCUCAAUGAGGAUGAUACCUUCCUUGUAUUUUCCAAGGCCGAACUUGGUGCUCUUCCUGAUGAUUUCAUUGACAGUUUGGAAAAGACAGAUGGUGACAAGUAUAAAAUUACCUUAAAAUAUCCACACUAUUUUCCCGUCAUGAAGAAAUGUUGUAUCCCUGAAACCAGAAGGAAGAUGGAAAAGGCUUUUAAUACAAGAUGCAAAGAGGAAAACACCAUAAUCCUGCAGCAGCUACUCCCACUGCGGGCCAAAGUAGCCAAACUGCUUGGCUAUAGCACGCAUGCUGACUUUGUCCUUGAACUGAAUACUGCAAAGAGUACAAGCCACGUAACAGCCUUUCUAGAUGAUUUAAGCCAGAAACUAAAACCCUUGGGUGAAGCAGAACGAGAGUUCAUUUUGAAUCUGAAGAAAAAGGAGUGUGAAGAGAGAGGUUUUGAAUAUGAUGGGACAAUCAAUGCCUGGGAUCUACAUUACUACAUGACUCAGACAGAAGAACUCAAGUACUCUGUAAACCAAGAGAUCCUCAAGGAAUACUUCCCAAUUGAAGGGGUCACUGAAGGCUUACUGAACAUCUACCAGGAGCUGUUGGGACUUUCAUUUGAGCAAGUGACAGAUGCUCAUGUUUGGAAUAAAAGUGUUGCACUUUACACUGUGAAGGAUAAAGCUACGGGAGAAGUAUUAGGACAGUUCUACUUGGACCUCUAUCCAAGGGAAGGAAAAUACAACCACGCAGCCUGCUUUGGUCUCCAGCCUGGCUGCCUCCUGCCUGAUGGGAGCCGCAUGAUGUCCGUGGCUGCCCUCGUGGUGAACUUCUCACAGCCACUAGCAGGUCGUCCCUCUCUCCUGAGACACGAUGAGGUGAGGACUUACUUCCAUGAAUUUGGUCAUGUCAUGCAUCAGAUUUGUGCACAGACUGACUUUGCACGAUUUAGUGGAACAAAUGUGGAAACUGACUUCGUAGAGGUGCCGUCACAAAUGCUUGAAAAUUGGGUGUGGGACGCUGAUUCCCUCCGAAGACUGUCAAAACAUUAUAAAGACGGAAGCCCUAUUACAGAUGAUUUGCUUGAAAAACUUGUUGCUUCUAGACUGGUCAACACAGGUCUCCUGACCUUACGCCAGAUUGUUUUGAGCAAAGUCGAUCAGUCUCUCCACACCAACCCUUCGCUGGAUGCUGCAAGUGAAUAUGCCAAAUACUGCACCGAAAUUCUAGGUGUUGCAGCUACUCCAGGCACAAAUAUGCCAGCAACUUUUGGACACUUGGCGGGGGGCUACGAUGGCCAGUAUUACGGAUAUCUCUGGAGUGAAGUGUUUUCCAUGGACAUGUUUUACAGCUGUUUUAAAAAGGAAGGGAUAAUGAAUCCGGAGGUUGGAAUGAAAUACAGAAACCUAAUCCUGAAACCUGGGGGAUCUAUGGACGGCAUGGAUAUGCUCCAGAAUUUCUUGAAACGUGAGCCAAACCAAAAAGCGUUCCUAAUGAGUAGAGGCCUGCAUGCUCCGUAAACUGGGGAUCUUUGGGAGCCAUCCAUGUCUGGAGGACAAGCUGACAUCACCAUGCGUUACUGGCCUGGAAACUGAAGGGAGUUUUCAAAUGAAAAUGUAGAUUUCUAUUUGACUUCUUUUUGUUUUUUGAUUUGAAAAAUUAUACAGAUGUAAAUGGAAUUAUACAUACUGUGACCUAAGAAAAGACCCGUUAGAAAAUAAUUGUACUAUAAAAUUUCAUAAAAAUGGAUUCAAUUUCUUUUUAUAAAAGUUUCAUAUGAAUGUAAUUUGAUUUUUUACUAUUGUAAUCAGAUUACUAUUGUAAUCUAACAAUUUUUAAAUUGAAUCAUAUACAUUAUAUACUUUGAUCCUUCUUAUAUCAUGAAGUUUUGUACUUGGGAUUUCUGAACUGAUAAACGAAUUAUCACAUUCCUGUGUUAAACACUGUCUCGGAGGCGUGCAUCCACUGUGACUCUCUGUCUCCCAGUAAAGUGUGACCUCUUUGCCUGUGUACCUCAGGGCCAGGGGACUGUGCCUCAGCAAUGCAUUCAUCUUUCUAUUUCAGCCUCAUGAUUUCCAACUUUCUGCCACACUUGAAUAAUGUUACUCCAAUGGGUUUAGUCUUUUCUGUCUAAUGUCCAGUGAGAGAACACCAAAAAAUUAUGAGUUUUAGCUGAAAUGGCCUAACGCAUAUUGCAAGUUUAAAUAUCUUGUAUUAGAGAAUUUGGGAUCUUGGAUUAGAGGUUCAUUUCCACUUCAGCAUACAAGAUUGUCAGCUUUUCUGUGUAUUUGCCAAUUAGAACACUAAAGCAAGUCCAAGGAUAUUUUUCUCUUCUCAUGUUUCUAAUAAGUGGUAGGGACUUUGUCUCCUUUACUGCACUUCUCACCCGAAGUAGCAGGUAGACAUGUCACACAUGUCUAUCUCGAGCACCACAGGAAGAGAGCUGAAGCUGAUGUGUAGCAUAAACGGCCCAGAAACUCCGGGAGAAGAGUGCGUUCUGCACAGAGGACGUUUGAGGACAGCGGCUCCAAGUGUUACGUGUGCUUCAACUCAGCCAUGGGGAGGAGGCUCUUCCGUGGCUUAUUUUGUCUGGUGAUUUUAAGUGAACCUUUGGAUCACUUUAACUCUCUUUACUGUGGGCCUAAAUUCCAAUUCUGCAGCAGACCAGGAAAUUCACAUACUUAUUUUUCCUCUAGGAAUCAACUCAAUGAGGAAACCAAAACAGGAUAAUUUUUUAAAAACAUAUUUUUACUUAAAAAAAAAAACUCACUUCGAAUGUAUGCAUUCUGCACAGGACUUCUAAUUGGUUCCCAGUGUGUACCUGAGGUAUGACUUUGCUGACCAGGAACAAAAUUAGAACCUUCCCAUUCUCUAGUCCAAAUGGACUUUGUGCUAAAUAUAUAUAUAUUAUGCUGCAUAGUCAAAUUGUAGACAGCAGGAAAAUUCAAGAGCUGUAGUGACAUAGAAGAAAAUUCAGGUUAUUAUUGUCAAACAAAUACCCUUAACAUCACAGGAAAUCCCACCCUCCCUUCUGGGACAAUUGCCUGGCCCUCUCUUCCCUACAUUCGUUUAGCGUCACCACCUCGGGUCUGUAAAGCUGGUGGUGGGGGGGGGGGGUUGGUUGGUUUGUUUUGGUCUUAGCAAUGCAUGGUACUUUUCUUAUAUCUUUUUUUUCAGACUAUUCUGUUUUCCAGUUUCAGGCAAAAACUAUCUUCAGUUUUUUCUGUUGCCCAAUGCGUCUCCUUAACAGUAACUUUAUCAUUUUAAAUCUUAACUUAUUUCACAUGGAAAAAUUAAUGCUUGGUGUGAAAAAGACUGCACGCAAUAAAAGUACAUUACUAUCCA